AUGUCUUGCUACAGACCCUGCCUCCCUUUCUCCUGCAGGCCAGCCCCCCUUGCAAACGGCUGCAAUGAGCCUUGUAUUCUGUGGUGCACUGACUCCACCUCUGUGAUAGAACCGUCCCCUGUGGUGGUCACCUCGUUCCCUCAGAGCACAGCCGUGGGAUCCUCUCUGUCAGCUGCUGUUGGGAGCUCCCUCAGCCAGGGGGUUCCCGUCUCUUCUGGGGCCACCCUUGGAUCUGGGAGAUUCACAGGCCUCAGGAGCAGUCUGU